AUGGAUAAAAUUCACAAAAUCAAUCUGGCCACAUUGAUUCUUUAGACUUCAGUCUUACUUAUUGCAGGGUUUGUUAAGAUUAGAUACUUCAGCAUUAUCUUCCUUUUAUUGAUCCCACAAAUUAUUAUGGUCACAAUAAAUGUAAUUGCAUAAGCUUUCCAACAAUGUAAUUCCAAAUUUCAAAUCUUAAUAAAUUUAGACCCUGUUAAGCUAGCACCCUUUACACAGCUCCUUAAUUUUUUACUACAUUUGGAAUUCGUGUUCACUAUUAUUCAGCCUGUUUACUUUAUGAUUGUAGAAUUCUAUGAAUUUAGGUACUCAAAGGAAUUUCACUUUAAAUUUGAUGACUCUAACAAAGAACCUGGGACACAUUUAUUUCUUUCAAUUCUGAUUUUAUUAUCCCUAUUUCUUCCAUCUAUUUUCAACUUUAUAUCGCUGAAGAUGGUUAUAAAACAAAUGGAUUAGGAUGAUCAAUUAAAAUCUCUACAAGCCAAAUAUCAAAAGCAAAUUGGAACCGAAGAUUCAGAAGGAUCAAUUGCUACAUUUGAUAAGCAGCCUAACAUUAUAAAUUGA